AUCGGAUGCCAAUCCUCCUCUUUUUGCGAGGAAGACUGGCCCUGGGCUAACAUCCGUCCCCAUUUUCCUCUACUUUAUAUGGGACGCCGCCACAGCAUGGCUUGACAAUAGGACACCCCCAGGAUCCAAACCUGAGAAUCCCAGGCCACCGAAGCGGAGGCCGUGCACUUGACUCCUACGCCACCAGGCCAGUCCCAAGCCUGAGUCUUUUUGACCCUAGAACCAUUAUUACUGCCCCUACCGCCUCCCCCCUUUUAAAUAGGAAUAUAGAUGAAGAGAGUGCAGGCCUGGCCCUGCAGAACGCUGGCAGUUUGGUGGGAGUCACAGAACAUUUUACCAGGGUGAAAACGCAGGGCUGAGGUAGAGGGAGGUAUGAAGGAGCAUCGAGACUUCUUGAACUGCCCCUCAAUGGUAGAGUGCUCCCCAGAGAAGGUGCUGUUUGCAAUUAGUGUCCAAGGAUAGUGAGCAGUUUGUUAGAGGGACGGGGAGGAAGGGCAUGUCUCAGGAGAGAGACGUGUAGUGGUACAGAGGCAAGAGAGCGUUGGGCGCAUCUGAGGGUCUGCAAGAGAUGUCACGAGGCUGGAGCGCAGAAUGUGUGUGGAAGUGUGGCCAGAGAAGGGGAGGUGACAAGGCAAGGGGUCAUUUCAGAAGUAGCCAGGGACCAGCGGUGAGGACUUCAUGUUUUUUCCAGUGGGUGAUUGGGAGCUGGUGAAGAGUGUUAACCAAAGGAAUGAUACCAUCACAUUUGUAUUUUAGAAAAUUACUCUGGUUGCAGUGUAGAGGUUAAUUUAUUUUUUAAAAGGGUAGGGGGAUGGAGGCAUGGAAGCAGUCUUAAAACGAACAGCAAAAUCCUUCCAUAGUCUUUUUGUCUCUCAAAGCUACUAUCUCCUGUCACUGCCUUUGGGGGUGGGAAGCACAGUGGAAGCAGAAUUGUAGAAGGAAUGUUUCUUCUCCAGGUCUCACCUUCCGUGCAUUCCUCCACCUGUGGCUGCCAGGUUUCUGCCCCCCAUAAACAGCUUUGCACACGUGACUUCCUGAUUGCAGAUCCAGUGGAUACUUCACAAUUUGCAGCAACUUUUGAUACCACGUAGAGUAGACCACUUCUUUCUUUCUUUCUUUCUUAUUUUUGGUGAGGAAGAUCAGCCCUGAGCUAACAUCUGAUGCCAGUCUUCCUGUUUUUAUGGAGGAAGACUGGCCCUGGGCUAACAUCCGUGCCCAUCUUCCUCUGCUUUAUAUGGGACGCCGCCACAGCAUGGUCUGACAGCUGUGCAUUGGUGCGCACCUGGGAUCCAAACCUGUAAACUCUCAGGCCACCCACGCAGAGCGCAUGCACUUAACUGCUAUGUCACCAGGCUGGCCCCCACUUCUUAAAAAUCUUUUUCCCUUGGUUCCUAUGACACUUCUCUUUCUCAAUUUUUCACCUGUCUCUCCAGUGUCUUUUUACUUUAUUUUGUGGGCUCCCAGCAUGCUGUCUUUGGUGCUUUUUUUUUGCAGCCAUCACAUGUAUAAAUGAUGCCUAAUUCUUCACCCUAGAUCUCCUUGCUGGAUUACUAUAUUCUAUUGCCUACCAAGCAUAAUCUGAUUAUAGUAUAUAUAUUGUAUAAUUAUAUAUUUAUAUAUUAUAUAAUAUAUAUAUUUUUUCAUGCAGUAGUAAUGGCCAUCAUUUUUGAAGGGCUUGCCAUGACCUAGGCAUUGUGCUAUUUUACUUGCAUAUUUAUUAUUUAAUCUUUAAAAAAACCUUGUGAGUGAUUUACUAUUAUUAUUCUCUUGAAAGACUAGGAUAGCUUGAGUGUUUCCAUAAGAAGUAUCUGUUACAGUUGUAGCUAAUGUUUGUUGAUUGAUGCUUGUUCUCUCUAAGGCACUGUUCUCGGUCAUUGAACCCUUACAACAACCCUUUGAGUAGGCGCUGUUAGACUGAUUGUACAGGAUACUGAUUGAGUCAGUGCUUUACAUUACAACUCAAUGCUCUCCGUAAAGCUGAGAUAUGCCCAUUGUGGAGAGUGAAGCCAAAGUAAAAACCAAAGUUCGCUUUGAGGAAUUGCUUAAGACUCACAGUGAUCUAAUACGCGAAAGAAAAAAACUGAAGGAAAAAAUUGGCAAAUCUGGAGAAAAACUCUCACUUGACACUGUUAGAAGCAAUCUUCAGAAAAGUACAGAAACUAAAAGUGGUGAUAUAAGUGCUACUAACACUAAUGAUACAGAGAAGAGCAUGCGAGUCACUAAAAACAAACUAAGGAAUCCACAGUCAACAACUGAAAAUCCAGAGGAUGAUGUUAGUGUAGAGGAAGACAAGCAAGAAAAGGCAAAUAAAAAGGUUCUAAAAGCAGUGCUCCAGGUGACUGCACAAGAAAUGGAACUGGAAACUCCUGAGAAGAAGGUGGAUUCUGCACAUCAGAAAGCAGGAGCAAAGUCACAGCCAGCUGUCACUCAUCAGAAAAGCGAGAAGGCAGAUGACGAAGAGGAACUGAUGCAGGUGUACCAGCUCCAAGUAGCUGAAGAGAUGGCAAAGGAGAUUAAGAAGAAAAUAAGAAAGAAACUCAAAGAACAGUUGACUUACUUUCCCUCAGAUACUUCAUUGCAUGAUGACAAAUUGAGCAGUGAAAAAAGAAAAAAGAAAAAAAAGAAAGUCCCAAUCCUGUCUAAAGCUGAAACAAGUACAUUGCCCAUCUCUGAUGACACAGUUGAAGGUGAACAAAAGAAGGAAUCUCGAGUUGGAACAGUUACUUCAGAUUCUCGUCAAGAUUAUAAAAUAAGCUCAAUGGAACAAACUAUAGAAGACAGCAUGCAAGAUGACACAAAAUGCAAAACAAAAAAAAAGAAAAAGAAGGCUAAAACAGCCCCGCGUGAACGCCAAAAUCUCUGCUGGUUUCUCUGUCCCCCAGUAGGGGCCUUCAGCCAGGGGCCACGCCUGGAUUCUCAACCUCUAGCUGCGCCCAGAAUUGUUUCAGAUGAUAAUGAAGAUACUGAUGGUGAUGGUGUUCAUGAAAUAACAAGCCGAGAUAGUCCAGUUUAUCCCAAAUGUUUGCUUGAUGAUGACCUUGUCCUGGGAGUUUACAUUCACCGAACUGAUCGACUUAAGUCAGAUUUUAUGAUUUCUCACCCAAUGGUAAAAAUUCACGUGGUGGAUGAGAAUACUGGUCACUAUGUCAAGAAAGAUGAUAGUGAACGGCCUGUUUCGUCUUACUAUGAAAAAGAGAAUGUGGAUUAUAUUCUUCCAAUUAUGACCCAGCCAUAUGAUUUUAAACAGUUAAAAUCAAGACUUCCGGAGUGGGAAGAACAAAUUAUAUUUAAUGAAAACUUUCCCUAUUUGCUCCGAGAUUUUGAUGAGAGCCCUAAAGUCAUCCUGUUCUUUGAGAUUCUUGAUUUCUUAAGCAUGGAUGAAAUUAGGAAUAACUCUGAAGUUCAAAACCAAGAAUGCGGCUUUCGGAAAAUAGCCUGGGCAUUUCUCAAGCUUCUAGGAGCCAAUGGAAAUGUAAACAUCAAUUCAAAACUUCGCUUGCAGCUAUAUUACCCACCUACUAAGCCACGAUCUCAAUUAAAUGUCGUUGAGGUUUUUGAAUGGUGGUCAAAAUGUCCGAGAAAUCGUUAUCCAUCAACAUUGUACGUGACUGUAAGAGGGUUGAAAGUUCCAGAAUGUAUAAAGCCAUCUUACCGUUCGAUGACGGCUCUUCAGGAGGAAAAAGGUAAACCAGUGUAUUGUGAACGACACCAUGAGCCCAGCUCAGUAGACACGGAACCUGGAUUAGAAGAUUCAAAGGAAGAAGUCAAGUGGAGACGGCUACCCGGGCAGGCUUGCCGUAUCCCAAACAAGCACCUCUUCUCACUAAAUGCAGGGGAACGAGGAUGUUUUUGUCUUGCCUUCUCCCAUAAUGGAAGAAUAAUAGCAGCAGCCUGUGCCAGUCGGGAUGGGUAUCCAAUUAUUUUAUACGAAAUUCCUUCUGGACGUUUCAUGAGAGAAUUGCGUGGCCACCUCAAUAUCAUUUAUGAUCUUUGCUGGUCGAAAGAUGAUCGCUAUGUCCUUACUGCAUCAUCGGAUGGCACUGCCAGGAUAUGGAAAAAUGAAAUAAACAAUACAAAUACUUUCAGAGUUUUACCUCAUCCUUCUUUUGUUUACACGGCUAAAUUCCAUCCAGCUGUAAAAGAGCUAGUGGUUACAGGAUGCUAUGAUUCUGUGAUACGGAUAUGGAAAGUUGAUAUGAGAGAGGAUGCUGCCAUAUUGAUCCGACAGUUUGACACUCACAAGAGUUUCAUCAACUCUCUCUGUUUUGAUUUUGAAGGUCAUCACAUGUAUUCGGGAGACUGCACGGGGGUGAUUGUUGUUUGGAAUACCUAUGUCAAAGUUAACGAUGUGCAGCAUUCAGUGCGCCACUGGAGUGUAAAUAAGGAAAUUAAAGAGAGUGAGUUUAAGGGGAUUCCAAUAAGCUAUCUGGAGGUUCAUCCCAAUGGAAAACGUUUGUUAAUCCAUACCAAAGACAGUACUUUGAGAAUUAUGGAUCUCAGACUAUUGGCGGCAAGGAAAUUUGUAGGUGCAGCAAAUUACCGAGAGAAGAUACAUAGUACUUUGACACCGUGUGGGACGUUUCUCUUUGCUGGAAGUGAGGAUGCUAUAGUAUAUGUUUGGAACCCAGAAACAGGAGAACAAGUAGCAAUGUAUUCUGACCUGCCAUUCAAGUCACCCAUUCGAGACAUUUCUUAUCAUCCACUUGAAAAUAUGGUUGCAUUUUGUGCAUUUGGGCAGAGUGAGCCAAUUCUUCUGUAUAUUUAUGAUUUUCGUGUUGCCCAGCAGGAGGCUGAAAUGUUCAAACGCUACAAUGGAACGUUUCCGUUACCUGGAAUACACCAAAGUCAAGAUGCUUUGUGCACCUGUCCUAAACUGCCUCCUCAAGGCUCUUUUCAGAUUGAUGACUAUGUCCACACUGAAAAUUCUUCAGUGAAGAUGCAGCAAGUGAAACAGAGACUUGAUUCUGUCACAGAGGUGAUACGAGCCUGUGCUGCAAAGGUCAACAAAAAUCUCUCGUUUCCUUCAACAUCAGCCUCCUCACAACAGUCUAAGUUAAAACAGUCCAACAUGCUGGCCGCUCAUCAGAUCCUGCGUCAGUUUGGUUUCCCUGAGACUGGAUGUUUAAUUCCUGCACAGGCAGAUACUGGGAAUGCAAGAUUCAUUCAUACAUUCAGGAUUAUCAGCAUAGAAGGAAAGCCUUGUAACCAUCAUGUUGAUACAGCACCAACGGUAGUGGCUCUUUAUGACUACACAGCGAAUCGAUCAGAUGAACUAACCAUCCAUCGCGGAGACAUUAUCCGAGUGUUUUUCAAAGAUAAUGAAGACUGGUGGUAUGGCAGCGUAGGGAAGGGACAGGAAGGUUAUUUUCCAGCUAAUCAUGUGGCUAGUGAAACACUAUAUCAAGAACUGCCUCCAGAGAUAAAGGAGCGAUCCCCUCCUUUAACUCCCACAGAAAAAACCAAAAUGGACAAACCUUCUGCGGCUCCUCAAAAGCAGUCAGUCGUUAAGGACAAGUCCCAGGAUUUCAGACUGGGCUCAGAGUCUGUGACACAUUCUGAGGUCGGCAAAGAGCAGAGCCGUGAGGACCGAGGACAUAUAAUGGACAUGCCGGUGAAGAAGAAUGAGCAAACUGGCCGAAAAGUCACCCUAAUAGAGUAAAGAGUUGAAGAAGAAUGAAGAGACAGAGAACCAAGUACACAGAAAUAAAAUGACAAAUUAAACCAAAUGGAAUUUCUCUUCAGAGUUCAGAAUUUUCAUAUACCAAAGAAGGAAAGAAGGAUCCACUACUACUUAUUCUUAUGAAAGAAUCGAGAAAAAUCAGAAGCGAGGUAUGGGUAGAAAAAUAAAUGUGGCCUUUUGAGCUUAAUUGUUAUAAACCAUUGUGAUUGUUGUUGUUCAAAGUAUUGGUUGAUACUUGUAUUUAUGAGUAAUUGCAUCAACAUUACCACUGUUGGAAAACCAGUAAAGAGAAAACUGUAAUUGCUACUCAGCAAAUAUGAAAAAAAGUGUUUGCAUUAUUCAGAUGUCCAUUAAGUAAUCAUUUAAUAUUAUUGUAUCUGUAAUGUGGUUAUACAUGUGAUGUUAUGCUCAGAAUAUGAAGUAUCUGCUUUUGAAAUUUAACUUUAUUUAAAAGAUAAGCAGCUUCAGAAUAUUGUGUAUUCAAAAUGGUCCCAGUUUUAAGAAAGAUAUUAAAAGGGAACAAAUUUGUUUGUUUUGAAUGAUUCAUAUAUGUAACUUGAUACACAUAAACUAAAAGCGGCCUGUGGCUAGACUGGCAACAGUGUUGCAAAUUCCUUUCUGUUUUAAAAAAGCAUUUCAUAUUUGAGCAUAUAAGUGAUUUGUAUGCUAACAUUGUUUAAUAUUUAUUUUAGUUUUAAUAUUUGUUUUUAAAUUAUUACAUUGCAUUAUUUAUUUAUUUAGUUCUAGAAUAACGGUAUCAUUACUAUGUGACUAUAGAUUUUGAAGUGUAAUGUUAUAAUAGGAAAGUUCAUUUCUUUGUUUUUUUCUUGCCCGUUCUUUCUCAACUGUGUGAUUAUAAGUCUGUCAAUAAAAUAUUUAACCCCAAGAAGGUCAAAACUAAUAUAAAAUUAGAAAACUUAUUUACCAAAUUAGACAAUUGAUUCCAUUAAAAUAAGAAGUGAGAAAAACAGUGUUGGGCAUUGGGGUGUAAAUUUUGCCCAGAUGUAUACUCGAUGUGAAAUAUCUUCUAGUAAAAAUAUAUUUGGCUCUUAUCCCUGCACAUGUUAUAGAGGCAUGAAAAUUGAUAAACAUGCCCUGCUGUGUAGAACUCAAA